AUGCACCCUGGCACGGAGGGUGCUGAACGACAAGAGAUAAAUACAAGGGUUGAGAAUGGGCUAGUGCUGGACUCGUCAUCCGAAGGAUCUGGUAUGCAUAUUCAUACCACGGAAAUGACGGAGCUUUUUAAUGAAGCCGCUGUGACGGCUACUGAGACUACGGAGGGUCUGGUGGAUGGAUCAGCGGUAGAAAAUAAACCGGCCCCGACUGACGAAAACCCCGCAGAGGAACUAUUCGAGCAAGGUGUUGAGUUGGAGCCAAUCGUCGAUAAAUUGGCUGACUGUCAUUCAUGCUACUUUCAUGUGCGCAUGUAUGGCGAAGCAGAUUAUUUCAUGAUCAGUGAUUUGAAAACCAAAGCAAAGGCGCAAUUUCUUGCAUCUAUUAUGGAUAAUCCCAAAAGAGCAACCUUUGCGGAUACGAUUGAGGAACUCUAUUCGACACAUGCCGACUAUCAGCAGCUAAGGCAACUUGCCAUUGAAGUGAUAGUUGACAACUUGCCGAAUCUUCGAAAAGGGUUGUUUCCGGUGAUUGAUUCCAGACUCAUGAAGGCGGUUCCCGACUUUACUCUUGAUCUAUGCCAAGCGACACUGGACAAGUAUGUGGGUGUCCCACCCACCACUUUUUUCUCUGUGGGUUCUGAAUUCAAGGUACACCCAGCCAGGGUAAAUCUGUCAGAUUGGUCAUACCAAGCCAUUUCGAGAUAA